AGGGCCACACUCGACAAAUGGAUAUGGAAGCUCAAAGAAGCCUUGUACAAUGCUGAGGACCUGCUGGAUGAGCACGAGUGCAGCAAAAGGGGAGUGCCCGCGUGUCGGUAAUCUCGAUACUCUCCAGUACAAACUAAGGGAAAUACUGCAAAACUCAGAGAAAUCCCUGCUUGUGUUGGAUGACAUUUGGUUCGAUAAUUCCAAGUGUGUGGAUGAAUGGGACCUGCUCCUUGGUCCCAUACUAGCUUCUCAGAAAGGGGCUAGCAAAGUUUUGGUGACUUCUCGAUCGAAGGCACUUCCACCUGCUCUUUUCUCUGAAGAUGUCAUUAAUUUGGAAAAUAUGAAAGAUGCUGAGUUCCAGGCACUCUUCAAACACCAUGCUUUCUCUGGAGCCAUAAUUCAAGACCACCAGUUGCAUAAUAGGCUGGAAGAGCUUGCAGAGAAGAUUGCUGAAAGGCUUGGAAGAUCUCCUUUGGCAGCAAAAGUUGUAGGUUCCCAAUUGAAAGGGAAAACAAAUAUCGAUGAUUGGAAAGAUGCUCUCACUAUAAAGAUUGACAAUUUAUGUGAACCUAAGAGAGCUCUGCUGUGGAGUUAUCAGAAAUUAGAUCCUCGUCUUCAGAGAUGCUUUCUGUAUUGCAGCUUAUUUCCAAAAGGUUACAGGUAUACAAUUGAUGAGUUGGUUCACCUUUGGGUGGCAGAGGGAUUUGUUGAUGCACGCAAUAUGAAUAAAAGAAUGGAAGAUAUCGGCAUGGAUUACUUCAAAGAGAUGGUCUCUGGAUCAUUUUUUCAACCAUUUUCUGAAAAAUAUUAUGAUGCAAGGUAUAUUAUGCAUGACCUCCUUCAUGAUUUGGCAGAAUCACUCUCUAGAGAAGAUUGCUUUAGAUUAGAAGAUAACAAAGCGAAUGAUUUACCAUGCACUGUUCGAUAUUUAUCUGUUCGUGUUGAGAGUAUGGUACAACAUAAGCUAAGUGUCUGCAAGCUACAACAUUUGCGCACUCUGAUCUGCAUUGACCCACUAGUGGAUGUCGGAACUGAUAUUUUCAAGCAGGUACUGUUGAAUCUGAAAAAAGUGCGCAUACUUUCUUUGUCAUUUUACAACACUAGACAGUUGCCUGAAUCAAUUGGUGAGCUAAAACAUCUUCGGUAUUUGAACAUCAGCAAGACGCUGAUUUCUGAAGUACCAAAAUCAUUAUGUGGCCUUUACCACUUAGAGUUAUUUGGCUUGAAUAAUGUUUUAAGUUUCCCUGACAGACUCUGCCAUUUAAGUAAGUUAAGGCAUCUUAAAACACAUUGUAAUCUGCCACAGAUUCGCGACAUAGGAAGGCUAACUUUGCUUCAACAUAUUAGUAGUUUUCAUAUCCAGAAACAGAAGGGAUAUGAGUUGCGACAGCUGAGGAACAUGAAUGAGAUUAGUGGGAGUUUAUCUCUCAUAAAUCUUGAGAAUGUCACUGGAAACGAUGAAGCCUUAGAGUCAAUGUUGUAUCAGAAAAAUCGGCUUAAAGAAUUGUAUCUUGUGUGGAAAGAUGUGAAUAACAUGAAUUCAGAGAAUAAUUUACACCUCGGGAUUCUUGAAGGCCUCGUGCCACCGCCACAGUUGGAGCACUUAUCAAUUGAAGGUUACAAAUCCACUGCCUAUCCAAGCUGGUUACAGGAGGGUUCCUAUCUUGAGAAUGUAUAUUCCUUUUUUCUUCUGAAGUGCAGUUUUUUAGAAACUAUGCCAUCCAAUACUGAACUCUUUAGGCGUUGCCGUAAAUUGCGUCUCUCGGAUCUCCCAAAUAUGAAGAAACUACCCUCUCUUCCAGAAGGUCUCACAGAGUUGUCGAUUCACAAUUGUCCACUACUUCUAUUCGUUACUAGUGAUGAACCAUAUCAUCGUGAUCAUAGUGAGAACACCAUGAGGACAGAGCACCUGGCAGCACAAUUUGCUUUGAUCCAGUUGAUGUCAGCUUCAUUUAUUACGAGGGCACUAUUGUCAGAUCAUUCAUCUAUGAAGCAAUUGGAAGCGUUGAUGGAUCAUGAUAUAUCAAAAAAUCUUCAGACCAUUGAAUGUGCCCUAGAAAGAAAAGAUGAAGCAAUGGUGACUGAGGAUGUCAUCAAGGCAUGGAUGUGUUGCCACGAACAGAGGAUGAGACUCAUUUUUGCGAGAAAGAUUGGGCUACCAUUGAUCCCACCAUCAGGAUUAACUGAACUGUCCCUUGAAUCAUGCACCAUUACAGAUGGGGCUCUAUGUAUUUGCCUUGGUGGCUUAGCUUCACUAAGAGGCUUGUACCUAGACAAGGUCAUGACAUUAACUACGCUUCCAUCAGAAGAGGUCCUAAAAAAUUUGACAAAGCUUGAUCGCUUGAGAAUUGAUGCCUGUUUGUUUCUCAGAUCGUUGGGGGGCUUGCGAGCUGCUAGUUCCCUUUCGGUAUUAAACUUGUCCUCCUGCCCUUCUUUAGAGUUGGCACGUGGUGCAGAAUUUAUGCCAGCAUCCCUUGGGACACUCUCAAUAAACUAUUGUGUGCUUGCACCUGACUUGUUCUGUGGCAACUGGCCUUAUCUGAAAUAUAUUUCCUUAAGCAACUGCAGAAGCUCUGGGUCAUUGUUUUUUGGUGAUCUUAGCUCCCUCAAACAAUUCGCACUUCGUCAUUUGCCAGACUUAUGUGUGAUUGAAGGCAUGUCUUCCCUUCAAGUUCACGACGUGUGGUUAAUAGAUAUCCCGAAGCUUAGUGCUGAGUGUGUGCCACAGUUUUGUAUCCAGGAUUCACUGUGUGUUAGCAGCUGUGCGUUGCUGAACAACAUGAUCUCUGCUGAAGGUUUCACAGUUCCAGCGUCUCUCUCCCUUGAAAGCUGCAAGGAGUCAUACAUUUCAUUUGAAGAAACUGGAAAUUACUCAUCUGUCAAGAGGCUGACAUUAGAUGGGUGUGAAAUGAGUUCCAUUCCACGAAAUCUGAAGUGCCUCUCAAGACUAGAGAAACUUAGUAUCUACGAUUGCCCCACUAUAUCAUCUUUGCCUGAUGUCCCAUCAUCCCUGCAGUACAUAUACAUAGAGGAGUGCCCCAAUAUAUCAUCUUUGCCUGAUCUCCCAUCCUCCCUGCAGCGCAUAUCCAUACGGAACUGUCCACUGUUGAAGGAGAGCUGUAGAGCACCUGAUGGGGAAAGCUGGCCAAAGAUUGCACAUAUUCGCUGGAGGAAUAUUAAUUGAACUCUUCCUCAGAUUCACAACAACAAAGGAACAGAAAGCUAAAAUGCUCUCCUGAGCGCUGCCUGUGCUGCUGUUCCAACGCCCCUCUGCAUCAUGGACUGCCGCAUGUGAUGUCUCCUGCAGCUUGAUUGAUUGGUCUGAGUUCCUUCUUCUUCCGGUGCGUCGCAUUUCGCUGGUUGUUAGCUAUGGUCGUCUAUGAGUAUAUUAUGUGGACUAUUUCCAAGACAUGUAUGUAUAUUUGGAUCUUGUUGUGUUUUGCUGCCUGUCUAUUCUUUUGGAUUAUUAUUAUUAUUAUCUGCCAUCUAUGCCUUUUGGACUUGGUUUCUAUUUGCCGUAAGCCUGUAACUGUCAUCUCGUGUGAUCCGAUGUAAAUGCAAACAUCCAGUAUCUGCAAUUAACUCUCGUGUAACUGUUUUCUCUUGUGUGAUCCGAUGGGAGGGUUUUUCUUUUUUCCCAUGGCAAAACGCAGUAUCACUGACUGCUGUACUUUAUUGUUCAAUUAUUAUCCAUUGGCAUAAAACAUGUC